CUCAGAUUAAACUUCUCAAACUCGGAGAAUGACAAGCGAACGUAAAUAUAACGGAGUGGACGGAGAAAACGAAGCGCUGUUGUUCGAUUAUUUUGAUGACGAUGAUGAUUUCGACACAUUCGAGGACGGAGACUGCGGCUGUGAAGAAGGAGUUGGACACUUCGAUAAACACUGCAGGAUUCCUGAGACUGUAUUUUGAGACUAGAAGUGUCCUUCAGUCUCACCAAACGCAGUUGAGAUUCCUCAGCUGAGAGCUAGCAAGGUCACAGUCUUCAAAUCAGCUGCAGCAUGUGAUAUGAAGGAGUGGAAUGCCACGAGAGGAUUUGCCCACAACUCCACACUCAUGCUCUCAUGUAAUAUGAUUCAGACUGAUGGGAUGAUGCUGGGCUUCAGUGAUCCGUUCAGCAGUGAGGUGAAACCUCGGAUCCUGCUCAUGGGCCUGAGGAGAAGUGGCAAGUCUUCCAUUCAGAAAGUUGUGUUCCACAAGAUGUCACCCAACGAGACUCUCUUCCUGGAGAGCACUAAUAAGAUUUGUCGGGAGGACGUUUCCAACAGUUCCUUUGUCAGCUUCCAAAUCUGGGACUUCCCUGGUCAGAUUGAUUUCUUCGACCCCACAUUCGACUAUGAGAUGAUAUUUCGUGGCACAGGGGCUCUCAUCUUUGUCAUAGACUCUCAGGAUGAUUACGUGGAGGCAUUGAGUAGACUUCACCUCACCGUGACAAGAGCCUACAAGGUCAAUCCUGACAUCAACUUCGAGGUCUUCAUCCACAAGGUGGACGGCCUUUCAGAUGACCACAAGAUUGAGAAACAGAGGGACAUACACAAACGAGCCAAUGACGAUCUAGCCGAUGCUGGUUUAGAAAGAAUACACUUAAGCUUCUACUUGACAAGCAUCUAUGAUCAUUCAAUCUUUGAGGCCUUCAGUAAAGUCGUGCAGAAACUCAUCCCUCAACUUCCCACCCUUGAGAAUCUGCUCAACAUUUUCAUAUCUAAUUCAGGGAUUGAAAAGGCUUUUCUCUUUGAUGUGGUCAGUAAGAUUUACAUAGCAACCGACAGCAGCCCGGUGGACAUGCAGACCUAUGAACUAUGUUGUGACAUGAUAGAUGUGGUUAUCGACAUCUCAUGCAUCUAUGGGUUGACUGGAGAUGAGGUGGGAACACCUUAUGAUAAAGAAUCCAUGGCCAUUAUCCACUUGAACAACACUACGGUCAUGUACCUAAAAGAGGUCACCAAAUUCCUUGCCCUGGUGUGUUUCCUCAGAGAAGAGAGUUUUGAGAGGAAAGGACUUAUCGAUUACAAUUUCCACUGUUUUAAGAAAGCCAUAGAAGAGGUGUUUGACGUGCGCUUGAAAGUGCAGAGGAGUCGGAAGCUUCUGAGCCAGAGGAGGUGGAGCAGGCAGACCGUGCCAAACGGGACUCAGGUGCAUCCUCACUGAAGAACACUGAAAGCCCUCCAUCCUGUUACAGUGACUCCAGAGUGACGGCUUCACACAGACUUCGCUUGUGCUUUCAGUCGUCUUUAGGGCCACCUGCUGCUCUUCAACGAUCCAAAAUGGAAAAAAUAUAAAUAUAUACAGUGGAUUCUGUUGUGCAUUUAAUAUCUUGCACGGCUAACUUAGCCGUUCAUGCAAAGUUCGUAAAGUAAGUAACUUUUUUGUUGUUGUUUUCAUUAAUACAGUAUUUUUUACACAAAAUCAAUCAACUGUGCUACAGUUUUCCACGAAAACAUGGUAAAAGUCAUUUCCAAAGUCACAAAUGCAAGAUCAUACAGUAAUUUUGCCACAUUUGUACAGUAGGUCACAAACAUCUAAUUUAACUUCAAAAUACAUUUUAAAACAAGAAAGUGAUUUUUUUUAACAUUCAUUUUUUAUUAGUUGAAAUAAAUUAUUGCCCCAUUUAAAAUUGUGAUUUAAGUUUCUCAGCAGCUUUUUUAGGGCAAUUUACUGUACUGUUCUUUUUUUUCAAUAAUAUAUAUGUAUUUUUUUACCUUGAAAAGAUUCUGUGCUAAAGGUCACAAGUGCUCAUACUUUUGCCACAUGUUUAGGGCAUGGACAUCUGUUAUCUUCUAUAUACAUUGUAAAAAAAGAAUAAUAAUAUUAAUAGUAAUAUUAAUUGCUUAAAAGUAAAAAUUAGAAAAGAUUUUUUCCCCCUUUGAAGUCAUAUUUAUUUUUAUUACCUCUAUAGAAGAUUUUUUAUCUGAUUUGAUCUUAUGAUAUUUUUUUGUCUGUUCAUUUCAUUAAAAUUGUUAUUGAAGCAUGUCAGCUUCUUUAAAUGAACAAACAAGCAUAUGAUUGGUCGAUUUGCAUAUACCAGUGGUUCUCAAUCAAGGAGAUGGGACCCGGGACCCAUUAGAAGACUUCUGCAAACUUCCAAGGGGGCACAAGAUGACUUAAAAUAAUUCAAGUGAAUUAUUAUUAUAAAACAAAUAAUAGGCUAUUAAUAGUUUAAUUUAACAACUAAUGCUAUUUCUUUAUUUCCCCCCUCAAUAACUAUUUAUACAGUAGUGUCUGUUUGCAAAAAGGUUGAGAACCACUGGCAUGUACAUUUGCCAUAUUGUAUACAUUUUAAGCAUUAUUUGUUAAAAAAAAUUAAAAGGAUUUUGUAAAAAAUAAAAAAGUCCAUUUCUUUGUUACUCACAACUACGGGAAAAUAGUAUUUCUAUUUCACUACCACAUAUCUAAAUUUAUAUAAGACGUAAUUCUUAAUUUGUUACUAAAAUGAUACUUAUUUUUACAUUGAACCAAAUGCAAGAAGUGUUGAUUGACUCAGACACUUUUCCCUUUCCAGGCCAUCCGCACUUAGCUUUUGCUUGCAAGGAACAAUUAACUUCUUUGGCAUCACAGGAAGUACAAGGUCCCGCCUCCGCCCCGGCACUAAUAUCAUGUAACUGAUUUCACUGGUUGGUGUGUGUUGUCAGGGUUAAUGCGUGUGCAGUGGAAGUGUCUCGUUGUGGGGUUAGAGAACCAGCGCUAAUCCCAGGGGAUACCUUUGCUUCAGCAAUGAAGGCUGAUGGGUAAAUCUCAUGAGGUCAGAGCCGCUUACGCAAGAGCUGCUCCUCUCUGGAUGGACACUAAAUCAUCUGUAGUGAAACUACAAUGUGUUAUGUAAGACAAUUUCAUGUUUAGUCUUAUAAUCUCCAUCAGAGGGCCAAACGCUAUUUACUCAGCGAGAGCAGGGACGCAUCUGUGACUGAGGGCUUUUCCUUUUGCACUUAUGUAUUGUCAAGGCACAUGGGUGAAGUGAAGAACUCCAAACUCUCUUUUAGUAUGAAUAUAUUAGAAUCAAAGAAGGACUCUUUCCAAGCAGCAUUUGAAAUAGUGUUACCAUGUCAAAACGAAUGUAAUUUAAAUCUAUCAGCCGUAGUUCUCAGUCACAACUAGUCAGCAGCUGAAGUGAAUGUACCAAUCAGAGGCUGUCAUAGAGGAUUAGAUUGCUUCAAGACUUAAGCUGUCGCUCCACAUUAAGAAAAGGCUUUAUGGGCUCUUCACAUGGUCUUCACUGAUUCUGUGAAAAGAGAGCAGUCUUCAUGUAACUUGUGCUGUCAGACAUGAGGUACACAUUGGACACAUGUCAAGUUAUCCAGAUAUUUCCGUUCUUGUGUGCUACACAUACACACUGUUGGUGGAUUUUCAAUGUAUAUUUAAGCUUCUCUUAUUUUGCGUAUUGCUUGUUAUUGUGCAACAUUAUGAUCGAAGCACAAAUAAUGUAUCUUUUGGUAAAACUUUAAAUUGUUAAAGGAAUAGUUCACCCAAAAA